ACUGGAUCUACAUUAUCGAAUACCCUUGCAAUUAUUUAAAUGAUUUAUAUUCUUUCAAGUAGUCACUAUAUCUGAUAUAAUUUCUUUUCCUUUUCGAUAAACGAUCUGUUAAAUGAUAUUAAAGACAUUAUAGAGCAGCACGUACUCAGGGAUAAUUCUUUGAUUAUAAUACAUUAUAUCUUUGAUUGUCUGAUCAAUUAUUUUCAUGACAUCAAUUAAAUUAUUAUAUCAUUUUUCCUAUUUGAUAUUAUUUUGUUUAUUACUAUUAUCCAAAUUGUAUUUUAUUUUAUCGUUUAUCGCUACAUAUAUUUAUUAAUGAGUCACAUAUAUUUUUGUUAAUAUAUUAAAAUCGGAUAAUUAUGAUUUUUAGACAGGAAGGAGUUCAUGUAAUAAUAGGAGUACAAACUGAAAUAAAAAUAGAUUUCAUAUUAACAUUUAUAUUUACAUUUUAAAUUUGUUUAAAUUUAUUUAUUAACUUUAUGUAAAAUUUUAGAUUAUAACGUUAAAUUGAUUUUUUGUAUAAUAUUAAUUGCUUUCUUAAUUAAUAAUUGUUUCUUUUCGCCAGUACAUUUUUUUGAUUGCUUCAGUAGUUCAUUGCACUUUUUUUUAACAAUUUUCCAUUGUAACUUACUUAGUCCUGGAUAACAACUUUUAUUUAAAAGUUUAUUCAAAUCUGAUUUUUUCAUAUUAUCAAAAUUAGAAGUAACAUUUUUCUUUGAGAUUGUAUUACAUGAUUGAACCAAUUUCUUUUUCUUUGCUUUAGGUUCCAAUUGACAUAAUGUAGUUCUGCAGUCGUUAAGUAAAGAAGAACUUCUUUCUUCAUUUUGUUUUUGUUUCUUAGAUUGGAAUGUAAUUGUUUGUUUUCUAUCACUCUCAUUCCCUUCAUUAUUUAGUGACAAUUUUUGCUCUCCUAGUGAUUCUUUCUUCUUACGUUUUUUCUUAUUAAAAUUUAAUGCAGAGCUUGAACGAUUGACAACUUCUAGAAAAUAAUGUCAAAAAUGUUCAGUAUAUUUUCAAUAUUUUUUAUUUUAUUUAAUGAAUAAUAAUAUUUUCCAUACCUCCAAGAUCAUCGUUCAUAUGAAUGGAAAGUUCACCAACAUUUUUUGAAAUGUUUGAUUUUGAAAUAUUUUCUGAUACACCACAGAUAAAAUCAGUAGUAUCUAAUUCUGUCAACUUAUCUUGAAAGUCAGAAGUUAAAUCAUUGUCUAAAUUAUCAUCUUGUACAUUAAUUAAUUUGAACAUCUUGUCCUUCAAAAUAUUUUCUUCGGGCAUGCUAUGAUUAUAUCAAAAAAAUAUUUAUAAGAUAAAUAUUUUUAAUUUACAAAUUUAUAAUAUCAAUUUAGUUAGUUCAUCUAAUUAGAAUACCUUGAUUCAUUUUCAUCGAGCCAUGAUAAAGCUAGCCAUGAUUUUAAAUCAGAUGGUAAGUUGUCUUUUUUCAAAAGCCAGGGAUGACCUAUCAUUUUGAAUGCAUUCAAAAAUCGAUAGAGACCAUUAUACCAAAUGCAAGAUCUUUUAACUAAAUAUUUUGAUAAGAUCCUAAAAACAUAUAUAAUAUAUUAGAAUCAAAAUAAAUAUUUCAAAAUGUAUAUAUAAAUAAAUGACAUACCAAAUUCUACUAAUGAUAGCAUAUGCUACAAGCGUAAUAGUCCAUGCAUGACCCAAUAUAAUACGAGUUCGUAAAUAUGUACCAGCGCACUUUGCAACUUCUUCCACUCUUGCUAAAAGCUUUGCAAAACCUUGAGUUCUGACAAGAAUGUACUCUAACAUUUGUUUGCUUGGCAAAGUAACAAAAAUACCACUUAAUUCUAUGUAACUUUCAAAAUUCUUGUAUUCCUUUUCAAGUCCUAAAUUCAAGUAAUUGAGUAAAGCUCUAUUUACUUUCUCCAUAUUCUUAAAACCUUUGUCAUUGCGAAAUUUACAUUUCAUACGAUAGAUUAAUCUACUUAAUAUUGUUGCUUCUGUGUGCAUAUCAUUUUGAGAUUCUAAAUCCUUAAUAAUAUGUUUUAACGUCUUCUUAAGUCCUGUGACAUCUAUUUAGAGAAAGAUUUUAUAGAUAAUUAUUAUAUAAAAAUAUAAAUUUUACUAUACAACAUGUAUAAAAAUUAAAAUAAUUUUAUCUUUUUGUGUACAUAAUAUAAGUUGUAAAAAUUUAGGUUAGAAUAUAUUCUUACCAAGUUUCUGAGCUUCGAUACGCCACGUGAUAUUUGGUGGAUGUUCAAUGUGAAUUCUAUUCCAAAUAGCUUCCAUAUUUUAUAUCUAUUAAUUAAUAUAUAAUUUAAAUACAAAUAUUUUCGAUCAUAUCUAUAUAAAUUCACUAAUCCCGCCGUGUCAAAUGAAACACAAUACAUAAUCGCAUCUAAGGAAAAAACGAUCACAUUCUGCGCAGCUUUGAGAAGAGUGGGGAUUAAAUGGGAGGGAUUUGAAUACGCUACGCUCAGUGCCGUAUGCGUUAUUAUCGUACUCUUGUACCCUGAAGGUACAAUAUAUUCUUUAUAAAUGGAGUAAGUGAAUUUAUACGCGCAGAUUCCUAACUGUUCGUCACUCUUUGACGACGUAGGAGUAAAUUGGACAUUCGUAAAACAUUAUGACUCAUUCAAAUUUAUGACACAUAACUAUGGUGCAGUCGUAACACAAGGAUAACCGGUGCAAGGUGGACAUAUGAAAGGACAUGGUGGACAUGGUGGGAUAGGUCCUAAUGGAGGACACGUCAUACAUGGUACUGGUGAACUUGGAGCACAUGGACCACAAGGUCUCGAGGAAGCUAGACCAAUCGGCGGAACCAGAGGAAUAGUACAACAGGGAUCACAUUUUACUGGAGCACAUGGAUUACAAGGAGGUGAUGGACAGCAUGAAGAUGGCAUACAAAAAAUGGCUGGACAUGGAGGUUCAGGCGGUGGACAGCAACCGCAACUGAAAGAAAAUUAAGAACAAUGAGCAUGUAUAUUAUUUAUUUUGUAUGAAAAUAAUUAAAUUGCACCUUUCGAUAAUGGC